AUGGCGGGUAACAAUGUGGUGUGGCAGCCCCAAGUUGUAGAUGAAAUGCUAUGUUACUAUAAAGAGAAGAUUCAGUCUGAGGGAAAACAAUUUGUCUUCAAAGAGACACAUCAUGAGGAGUGUGCAAAACAAAUCAAUGCAAAGUUUACCACCGCCUUCACACAAAGGCAAGUUUAUCACAAGUUCCAUAACCUGAAAGGUCAGUGGAAGAUCAUACUAGAGGUGAAGAAUUUAAGCGGUGCCAAUUUUGAUGAUGUCAACAAGAUAAUAUUAUAUGAUGAUACUGAAGUUGUACGGAUGAAGAAUAACAAAGACAAGAGGGCAAAAUAUAUCAAUGUGCCUAUUGCCAACUUUGAUGAGAUGGAGUUCAUAUUUCAGGAUAAGCAUGCUACCGGAGAGUUCACUGUCCUUCAAACACCCUAUGACCGUGUUCAUGCUCGUGACAAGGAUUUUAUUGGUGACACCGAGAAGAGUGCGAUUGAUAUUGAGGUUGAUCCUGCAACACAAUAUGAUUCAGAUUGUCUUCCUGACGACACCAAUAAUGAAAGCUCAUCUUCGAAGCGUCCUAGAGGUGGCAAACGUGAUAAAGGUAAGAGGGUGAAGUGUGAGGAGAGUGUAGUUCAAGACAUGACGCGGUCUCUGCGUGAUAUGUCGGAUACUAUGCGUUUCACACACGUGACCAACCCGAAUGAGAAUUUAUUCAAAAUAAUUGAUGACAUGGAAGAAUACCCUCUAUUCGUCCGACUUUCACUACAGACAUCUUUGGCCACCCAUGAACAAGUGGCGUCCAUGUUGAAGGGGAGGCCGAUGGCUGCUAUUCAAGAGUUUGUGCGGCGCUGGGUCCGUGAUAACUUUCCUGAUCACCAUCGUCUCCUAGGGAAAUAA